UUCACCGUCUGCUAUAUUUCGCGCAGACUUUCGCAGACGAACGAAAAAUUAAGUGGAAAAUUACUCAAUCCGAAUCCUAGAAAUUGGUGGAAAAGCGGCCCAGUGGCCUUGUACUCGCAGGUCAAUUCGGAUCAUUCUGAACUGUGAAAAUGUUCGUUGUAUUGCGAGGUGGUAUCGCAUCGAAGUUCGCUUCGACUGUCGUGUCCAAGGAGUUAUGUAAGAUUCUUCCGCAGAAGAAUGUCAUUAAGAUCCAGGCAGCUGGACUCACUAGAGCUGCUUUCAGAGAUGAAAAUGAAGUUCCACUAAUCAAGCCAUUUCCAUAUCAUGAAAAGCCAUACAGUGUAAUGAAUAUGCUGUUGGACACUCAUAAAUGCAGAGUACACAAGCACUCUAAGAUCAUUGUAAUUGAUGGCCCACCUGCAUCAGGAAAAAAUGAACUAGCUAAACAACUGGCCAAAGAAUUUGACUUUCUUUACUUACCACAACCCAAUUUCGAUGAUUUACUAGUUACGCAUUGGGGUUUUGAUGCACGUACAUUAGAUCAUAAACUGCCUAAAAGUGUGCAGUCUUGGGAUAUUGAGAGAUUUUUGCAAAAUCCCACAGAUAUUAAUACAGCUGCUAUGCAGAACUACAUGCUGAUGAUGAGACAAGACAGGUGGAUGUGGGCAUUGGGACAUCUAUUUUGUACAGGACAAGGGGUAGUUACUGUGAGAUCACCAUGGACUGAUCAAGUUUUUGCCAAAGCAAUGGCUCAAAACAAAUUCAUUUCUGCUGGUGCUUUAGAGGCACACACAGAUUUAUGUUUAGCCUCUCUGCACUUUUAUUUAAAACCUCAUUUAAUUAUUUAUUUAGAUGUUCCAGUUGAAAAAACUCUUCAAAACAUUAAAAAUCGUGGACGAAAAGAAGAACAAAAUUCUCCAGUUAUUACCGAAAAAUAUUUGUCGAACCUAGAGGAAAAUUAUAAAAGAGAUUAUUUGAGUAAAAUUAGUGAACACAGUUUAAUGCUAAUUUAUGAUUGGAGUCAGGGAGGAGAUACAGAAGUUGUAGUUGAAGACAUCGAAAAUUUAAAUUUUGAUGAUUAUGAUGAGCUUGAUGUUAAAUUACAAGAUUGGAGGUUUCCUGGUGGGUGGAUUUGGAAAGUGCACACAAAACAUUAUACUUAUGAUCGUGACCAAUACCUUCAUAAUAUGGACAUCAUGAGAACAGAUGUACCAGAAAUAUGUGCUUCUGGAAACGAUAUAGAAGUUUGGGAUGAUGUCUGGGCAGAAGUCAAGGACUCUGAAUAUGAUCCUAAGUUCCACCCCCAUAAAGGUGAUUCCAUCAAAGAUAUCAUGAUGAGAACAAGACCAUACCUUCGCCCUGAUCAUGUAACUCCUUUAAUGAAGAAAUAUUAUGAAAGAAAAGCACGUCUUGAUGGUAAAAAAUAAAUAAAUAUGAAAAUUUUAAAUAUUAUUCCAUUCAAUGGAACUAUUUGUAAAUGAAAAAUGUACA